AUGCUCAAAACAAAGAAAUUAUCCAUUGAAACUCGAUCGGAGAUCGUUCCCAAGUUUAAAUGUGGGAUUUCGGCUUUGAAGUUAAAAGGAGACAAACAAUUGCUUGGACAACUGAAAGAGAACUGGGAGGAAACCGGUGAUGACUCAAAGAAAUACAAAAUCAUACAAAAUCACACAGUAAGUCCCGUUAAGGUUGUAGUAGCAUCGAAUCAGCUUAUCAGGAGAUUAAAAGAAAUUAACAUAAACAAGUACGUUCUGCGCAAAGUGAUCGAUAUUUCUGAAAACAACAAAGCGAAACGCCUCUCAAUUGCCUUGGAGUACAUCCAAAAGCCUCCACAGUUUUGGUAUGAUGUGUUGUGGACAAAUGAGGCUGCAUUUCAAUUCCAGGGUUCCUUUAGUAUACACUUUAUGCAUUUACAACGUGAAAAGAGGGAAGAUGCAGUUCAGCCGCUAAACAGAUUCGAAAGUGGCACAGUGAUGUUUUGGGCAUGUUUAUCUUACUACGGUUUCGGAGAUUUGGUACGAAUUGAGGGCACUCUUAAGCAGUCUGGGUAUACAACAAUCUUAAAUGACCAUGCCUUUGUAUCCGGCAAUAGGCUUUUUCCAACUAUCGACUGGAUUUUACAACACGACAAUUCUCCAUGA